UUCUCAAAUGCCUUCUCCACCACUCAAAAAUAGAUUCUUAUUCCUUCUCAAACUCCAACCUCUUGCCCUUGUAUAAAUUCAGACUUCCUGUUCUUGCCUUCUCAACCCAUUUCUGAAUUCCUUCUGAUUUCUCCGCCGUUGCUUCAAAUCAGAUUCCCAGAGUGUGUAUUUAGGAGGGUCGGCGUUCGAGGACUAUCUGAAAAUUAAGGAUCACCGAGAAAGCAGAACAAUGCUGCUAAGAAGCUCUUCAACGCCGGUUCUUGGGUCUCUCCUCUCAUCCUUCUCAGAAAGUCCUUGUAAUUCCAUGCACUUUGAAACCAUCCUCGCGAGGAAGCAUCUACCACCAUUACCGACCACUAGUGUUCCUCACCAUAACCACAAACUCUCUUUUCACCAAACUGGGCCUAUCAAUCUCUCCUUCUCAUCCACUUCCUCUCCAAUCUCACCCUCCAUUGCUGACCUUGAUCGCCACAGAGGCUUCAGAAGAGCUCAAUCUGAAGGCAACUUGGAGGACCUCGCAUAUGCUUCUUGCAAGAAAAGCUUGUUUACGCUGGACACAAUUCAAUCUUUUUCCUUCAGUAGCCACAAGGGCUUAAGAGAAGAAGAGGAAGAAGAGGGAGAGGAAAGUGACUUUGAAGAGGAGGAGGAAGAGUGGGAAGAAGAGAAUGGAAUUUCAAGUACAAUGGAAGGCGUCAAGAGUUUGAUUGUGACUGAAGAUGAGAGAGUUGAGAAUGGAGUUUGCAGCGUGGGUUUUGAUAAGCAGGAAAAAAUGAGUGUGAAGGAAACGCAUCCUGCAAUGGAGUUAGGAACUGAAGGUUGUGGGGACGGCAUGGGUGGCUGCAGAGGAGGCGACGGAGGCAGCGGGGAUCAUAACUCCAUGGGCUCCGGCGGCCAUGACGGAGAAAGGCAUGAGGUGGAAGAAUAUUACAAGAGAAUGGUGGAAGAAAAUCCGGGAAACCCCUUGUUCCUGAGGAACUAUGCUCAGUUCUUGUAUCAGUACAAAAGAGACCAUCGUGGAGCAGAGGAAUAUUACUCCAGGGCGAUACUAGCCGACCCAGAAGACGGUGAAGUUCUUUCAAUGUAUGGAAAGUUAGUGUGGGAGCUACAACGUGACCAAGACAGAGCCUCAAGUUACUUUGAACGAGCAGUUCAAGCCUCACCCCAAGACAGUCACGUGCAGGCAGCAUAUGCUAGUUUCCUUUGGGAAACAGAAGAGGAUGAAAAUGGCUGCAGUGAGCCCGAAUGCUCACAACCACACUUCCAUGAAGGAGCCAUGGUGGUUUCUGCUGGUGCUUGAUCAAUGGGAAAAGCUUAUACCGACGAUGCAAAUAUGACGACUUAGCUGUACUAGAAAGUAGAAUCCCUUAAAACCAUGUUAUAUUGAGGAGACAUGCGUAUUCUAUUAAGUGAGAUCCCGAACUGAAUAAUGAUUCCAGACUCUCCAUUUUGCCUCACAUGCCGUGACCGAGUCUUAAAAUCGCUCCAUGAUGAGACGUAUAUUGGAGAAGCAAUCAAUUUCCUUAAUGAUCAUCUGCAUGAAAAGGAAUAGACCUGUCCCGUGGCAUUUAUAUGUAAUGAAGACAUUUCAACUGGAUGAUGGGGAAGAAAGAAGUUGAAGGAAGGUGCUGAAAGUUUCGUUGACAGUCAAAGUAAUUGAGUGAAGCAGUGAUGCACGUAGUUGCUCGGCUUACUUACAUUGAUCUGGCGACCUUUAAUAGCAAAUAAUCACAUGCUGUGUCUACACAAACAUCAAUUACCCGCCAACAUGAGGCGCUCCCGAGGAUUGGUUUAUUUUUUAUAUACAAAAGAUUCGUAGA